AUGAGUAACAAUGGUGAAGUCCGAUGGCUAUGUAAAGCUCCUGCAAGUUUAAUUAGUGCGGGCCGUGGAGAAGCUUAUUGUAAAUUUUGUCGUGUUUCGUUACGAGCCCAAAAACAUGACUUGACGAAACAUUUGGCUGAAAUAAAAUUGGUUUUAAAUAACGCUGCUCAUGGUUCUUUGAAAAAUAUAGAUCAUUUAUGUGAAAUGUUAAAAGAUAUUGGCAAAGGUAGUCAACUGUCAAAACUACGAUUACAUCGAACUAAAUGUUCGAAAAUUAUUCUUAACGUUAUUGCUCCCGGUAUGCUAAAAGAACUACUUGAUGACUUGGGCGAAGAAAGUUAUUCGAUACUGCUUGACGAAUCCACAGAUGUAUCGACAAUGAAAUACAUGGCCUACUGUAUUAGAUAUUAUAGUAAAAAGCAAAAAAAGAUUGUUACCGACUUUUUGGGUUUCAAUGAACUACUCAAAUGUAGCUGUCACUCUUUAAAUUUAGUCGCAGCUAAAGCAUCAGAACAGUUACCAUCUAAUAUAGAGUUCCUCUUCAAAAUUCAAGGAAUUGGUUUGCGCAUAGUUCAUUACGCUUAA